AGGGUAGGCUUCGUUUAACGUCCUUCUGGUCCAAGUCCCAUCAUAAGUCGUGCUGCAUCCGAAGCCGUGCAUUUUCCUUACAACAAUUUUUCUCAUCACUUGCGCGAUAUCGAUAUCUGGCGUUUCACCAUCCGCCAGGUUCUUGCAGUUUCUGGAUAGAACUCGAAGCUCCGCACCAUGCCACAAGAAGAAGAAUACACCAGUGACUCUGGCUCGGACUUUACCGAGUACUGGAUCGACUGGUUCUUGGGAACCAAGGGCAACGAGUACUUCUGUGACAUCGACUUCGAGUACAUCACCGACCGCUUCAACUUGACGGGACUUUCCACCGAGGUCAACCGCAUUUCUGCUGCCAUUGACAUCAUCACUGACAACGCCAAGAUUGAAGGCCAGCCAGCGGAAGUCAAGGAACAGUUGGAGUACAACGCGCGCUUUUUGUACGGAUUGGUCCAUGCCAGAUACAUCAUCACCCAACGCGGGCUCGCCAAGAUGCUCGAGAAGUACCGCAACGGUGAUUUUGGCUAUUGCCCCCGUGUUUACUGCAAGUUGCAGCCAUUGUUGCCCGUGGGGUUGAACGACUCUCCGCGCUUGCAACCGGUCAAGCUUUACUGCCCAAGGUGCGAGGACUUGUACAACCCAAAGUCGUCCAGACACGCGGCCAUCGACGGCGCCUUCUUUGGCUCGUCCUUCCCAGCCAUGUUUUUCCAAGCCUAUCCACACUUGGUACCAACGCAUCCAACCGAGAGAUACGUGCCAAAGGUGUUUGGCUUCCAAUUGCACGAGUACGCCAAGUUGGCUAGAUGGCAGGCAGUGCAGAGACAAAAGACUGAAGCACGGUUAUAUGAGUUAGGGGUUCCUGUGGAUAACUGUCCAGGGGGGUAUGUGGAUCCACAGGAGGGGGAGGAAGAGCCAGUCAAGUCUGCACAGUGACAGGAAGUCGCGUAGUGAAACUCCGAAGUAAGGUGACACCCUGAAGUGAAGUGGCUAACUGAAUCACUGUCAAGUGACCAUUAUUCAAGUAUCCCGCUGUCAAGUGGUUCAGCCAGCCGACAGUGCCAGAAACCCCUCCUCUAGCAUAGAGAGGUGAUUAUGCUUCUCGUAGUGUAUAUUAGUUACGUUUUUGUAAUCAUUAAUGUUUUGGAAAGCGCAGACAGGUAUAAUUUCCGCCAC